AGAGGAGGUACUUCUGGGAAGAGUUUGGCAGCACUCCAUCGCCUUCAAAAUUUCCCAGUGAGGAACUGCGCAACAACCUAUAGUCAAGUUUUUCUUGGUGGUUUUGAUUUUUUUGAUAUUUUUCUUCUGAUUUAGCAGCUUCCAGGAGAAGGCAGGAUGUCUGUGACUAUGAGCAGGACUGAUGGGGUGACCGUCUUCACGGUGACCUCUGACCCCCAAAGCCGUUGGCCUCCUCUGUUUCAGAUUUUGAAGACCCUUUGCUACAGUCCAGUGUGCUGCUCUGUGUCUCAGCACCUGAGGACGGUCCAGAGGACGUCUCUCUCGGUACUCGGGACUAUCCAGAUUAUAGUUGGCUUACUCAACAUCGGCCUCGGUGUCAUCCUCCGUCUAAGUCGUGUUGGUUCUUCAUGGGAAAUGGAUGUAACCGGUUUUCCCUUUUGGUUGGGAGCACUGUUCAUUGUGUUUGGCAUCACGUGCAUUUUGUCUGAAAGGUUUUCAAGUCCAUGUCUGGUAAUCUUCAAUGUGAUUCUCAACCUGGCUGGAGUUGCCUUUGCCAUUGCAGGCAUUGUGCUCUACAGCGUGAAUUUAGCAACCAUCUACUGGUGGGGCAUGUGUAACAAUUAUGACUACGACUACAGCUACAACCGCCACCGUGCAACUCCAUCUCCAGAGGAGAUCCACAUGAAGGAGAAAUGCUUGGAGGUUAGAGAGCUGCUUUUGAUGCUCCUGAGGAGCAUCAACGCUGUGCUGAUCGUCUUGUCAGCCCUGGAGUUCUGUGUCACCAUCAGCUCGGCUGUUUUGGGCAUCAAAGCUCUGAAGAGAACCGAGGAGAAACCAAACAAGAGUUCCGAAGAUCCAGAACUCUACAAACCACUGAUGGAGGAAGUUUCCACCAAAAUUGCCAUAUAAACAUCUUUUUUUUUUUUCAGUUACCAUGACAUAAUCAUUUCUUCUGAAUAAUCCCUGUGCUGUAUAAUGGGGGAAUUUCUCAAGUUUAUCUCCAAUUUUAUUUUCUAAGGCUUCAUUUAGAAAAAUCCUGUUAAACUGUCAACUGCUAUUUUUAUCAUAAAUUGCUGCAAACUGAAUGUUCAUUUUCAUAGCUUUUCUUUUUUUUAAAAGUUUGUAGUCACUUUUUUUCUAUUUAACAUUGUGCCUAAAGUCACAACUUGUGGUUAGAGGGUUUUUGAAUUUGCAUGCGAUCAGUGGAUUUUGUAUGUUUUACAAUACUAAGCCAAAAAAAUAAAAGUAUUUAAACUA